UUAACUGCCAACAUAAUAAACUAAAAACUGAAAGCUGGUUGCCACUCAAGUAAAAAUGAUAGGAUAAAAACUAACUAAUAAUUAGAAUUAAAAAGAAAAUAAAUAAAUUGAUGGCGGAGGUGCACAUAAUUGGACAAAUAUUGAAAGCAAUUGACUUUUCUGAACCGCACCUAUAUUGCAAGUGGACUCUACAGAGCGGAAACUCCUGGCGCCUGGUCCAGGGCGAAGUGCAGGGUCAAAGUCACGUGGCGUCCCACAGGCUGCAGAACUGCUCGGACUUUGCCCAGCCUCUAGAUAUCCACCUGAGUGCCGUCUCCGUCCAGGGCUGGCCACGACUGCUGGUGGAGGUGUACGCUGUAAACGUAUUGCAACAGUCCUGGCCAGUCGGCUACGGGUUCGCACAUAUCCCAUCAUUUCCCGGUACUCAUCGCCUGGAGAUUAGCACCUGGAAAGUCGCCCCCAACAGCCUGUGGCAGUCGUUACGAGAGCGGUUCGGUGGCGGAGGAGCCGCUCUGAGCAAGUCGGACCUUCUCUACUCGGGAGUUGAGCGUUACAAGCUGCAAACCCUGAGUUCUGGAAAGGUUAUUGUUGAACUAAACUUAAUUUUUCGGAAGUUCGACGAAUACGGUGUGGAGUUCAAGUAGCAAUGGAAGCGUUGCUGU